AUGGAAACAUCAGACCGUAUCAUUGAAGGCCUGUACCUUGGUGGGGUUAUGGCUGCACUUAAUGAGCGAGACCUUCAGUCUAACAAGAUCACACAUAUACUUUCAGUGGAUGAAAAGCCUCUGCCUGAUAUUCUGACAAACAAGUUCUCAUACAAACACAUUUUUGCUCUUGACUUAUAUGACUUUGAACUGCUCAGUCAUUUCCCUGACUGCUUUAUGUUUAUCGACGAAGGUAGAGAUGGUGGAGGAGCUGUACUUGUGCACUGUCAGGCAGGCAUGUCUCGGAGUGCAACAAUUGUCAUUGCCUACCUCAUGCACAAGCUGAAACUCACUAAAGAGCAAGCCAUAAAGAAAGUGACUGCAGUCAGGCAUUUUAUCAGACCCAAUGAUGGCUUUCUGCAGCAGCUGCAGCUCUUUGAGAACAUGGGUUGUCAGCUGGACAAGACACAUCCAGAGUUUAGGGCCUUUCAGCUGAAUAAACUUGCGGUCAGGUUUAAAUGUGGCCAGUUCUCUGGAGGUGUCCCAGAGAGCGAGAUUCCUGCCGAAGUGUUUGUUCAGCCUGACCUCUCAGCCAAGGGCAACGAUGCUUAUUAUAAAUGUCAAAAGUGCAGGACAUUCCUGUUCCAUGACGGAGCACUGUCCUCACACAACGUCGGAGAGGGAGAUUCUGCCUUUGACUGGAGAAGCAAAGUGCCAGCCAAUAAGAGACCACAGGGCUUGUCUAGUUCUGAAAAGUCUGUGUGUCAGAAGUCAUUGUUCGUGGAUCCUUUAGCCUGGAUGAAAGGGAAAAUCAAUACAGAUCAAGGCAAGCUCCACUGCCCGAAAUGUGAUGCCAAGAUAGGAUCGUACAUCUGGUAUGGAGAAAAAUGUCCCUGUGGAGCAUGGGUAGCUCCAGCAUUUCACAUUAGCAGUGGAAAAGUGGACAAGAUUCCGUCUCAGCCCGUGACACCUCGCAUGCACAUACCUGCGACGUCCGACAUAGCUGGAUCUGGGUCCUCACCUCCAUCCCAGCCACAUCAGAUUGGGGCAGUUUCAGCUUUUCCAAGCCUCGCUGGAGGCAGCGGAAGACCAGCAGGAAACUUGUCCUUGCCUGAGAGAACCACAGCUGCAGCUGCAAGGUUGUCCUCUGUUCACCCAGUUGCUGCAGUGCAGCCUCGAAUGGCAGCCUCAACAGCACAAACCACAGCCAUGCCUUCUUCUGCCAACAACACAACAGUACUAGUCCCUAAUGGACCAUUAGAAAUACAGAAUGAAGUAGCUGGUGAUGGGAGCAGUGCAGAGCAGAUUAGGAAUCCAAAUAACAGAGAUCUAGAAAGUGGUAUCACCAAUAUCCGGAUGGAUGUAGACAGUGGAUAA